CGGCGGCGGCCCUGGCUCCGAGUGGAAGGACGGUGCAGCAGAGCGCCGAAGGAAGCCACUCUGGGCGUGGUCGGCGCGCUUUCGGGGGGCGGCUGGGACUGGAGUGGGAGUGGGAGGGCCGGCAGACGUCCUCCGUCCUCUCGGGCUCCACAGCCGGGAGCGAGGUUGCAGACGAGCUCAAGCCGCCGUACGAGACCCGACCCGGACCCAAGCGGACGGGGGGCCAGGGGUUGGCUCGGUCCUGCCUGGGAUGCUCAGGCCCAGCCGUUGGUGGCCUCAGCCCCGGCUUGCCGGCGGGACGGUUCCGUGCUGACGUCCUUCAAGGCUGGCGCGUAGCCCGACGGCGAGGCAGCACUCUACAAUCCCAAACUUGGCUUCAUGAGGCACCCCGUGGCUACACUGGAGCAAGAUGGUGCUCGACUCUCCAGCCUAUCAUCCACCACUGCAUCCCGAGGUUUUCCAUGCAGACCCACAACUGAAGAGCGGUGGGAAGAAGAAAGAGUGCCCUCCUUGCACCAGGGCGCAGCAGGACCCGCUCCUGUCUCAUCUGUCUCUGGGUCGAAAGGAGUCGGACGCUUCUGGGCCUGGAGGAAGGACCAAGGUGCUGAAACCCCUCCGAGGCCUGGAAGCCCGACCUCCCGUGCGCUCCUGCCUUGCCUUCCAGGGCCCCUGUAGCUGGAUGCAUCGGAGCGAGAGCAGCUGCACGGUGAACCGGAAGGAUUGGGCACGGGGCCAGAUCCGCAGCGCUGCCUCCCUCCCUUACCUGCCCAAGGCCAGGACGGAGGAGGGGGCACACACAGCUGGGAAGAGAAGCCCCUGCUUGCUGGUGGCCCUGCGGCCAGCCAACUUGGAGGCAGAGAGAGAGCGAUUCUUCCGGUCUUCAUGUUCCUACAACCCUCAGUUUGAAUAUGGGGAGUCUGUCCCUGGAACAGUGCUGGAAAAAUACAAGGAGGCCUCUGGGCAGUUCCUUUCACAGGCCAUUGGAAUCAUCAGUGCUGUCCUUGAAAAAUAUGGUACUUACGAGAGCUUUGAGGCCUCCAACGGUGGAAAGCUGCUCACUAAAUGCCAAAUCUGGUCCAUCAUCAGGAAGUAUAUGCAGAAGGAAGGGUGCUCUGGAGAGGUGGUGGUUCAGCUCACAGAAGAUCUCCUUUCCCAAGCAGUCAUGAUGGUGGAAAACAGCCGCCCAACUUUAGCUAUCAACCUCUCUGGAGCUCGUCAGAACUGGCUGGAGGGCAUGCUGCGUCAUGAGAUAGGCACCCACUAUAUCCGCGGAGUCAACAAUACCUACCAACCAUGGCAUAGCAUGGAAGGCCGCAAGCAAUACAGCCUGAAGCCCGCCAAUCCUACGGAGGAAGGGCUGGCGAGCCUGCACAGCGUCCUCUUCCGCAAGCAGCCUUUCCUGUGGAGGGCUGCCCUCCUCUACUACACAGUCUGCCAGGCUGGCCGCAUGUCCUUCUGUGAACUCUUCCACGACUUGGGGCGCUAUGUGCAGGAUGCUGGGGUGCGGUGGGAAUACUGCGUGCGAGCCAAGCGAGGCCAGGCUGACACCUCGUUGCCAGGUUGCUUCAGCAAAGAUCAGGUGUACCUAGAGGGAAUUCUCCAGAUCCUCCGACAUCGACAAACCAUUGAUUUCCGGUUGCUGGCUGCGCUGGGGAAGGUCUCUUAUGAAGAUGUGGAUCAUCUGAAGAAAUACGGGGUGCUAGAGAAGGCCCGAAUCCCCCACUUCAUGCAGGACCUUGAACGGUACAUGCAGCAGCUCAACCACAUUGUCACCACCAAUUGUCUCAAUGAUGAGGAGCUAGAACGGCUGAUGCCUGAGUGAGCUUGGUGUCACUCUUCCAGCUUUUAGUUAUGCUGGACAGAUUGUGCUGAAGUCCCAAAGGAGGAGUGUCUUGUUGGACUGCUGAAAACAAAUCAAUGGCUCAUGUGUUCUAUUUAUUCUUUAUUGAUUGGGGGUAUCUGGUUUUGAGUAUUAAGUGAAGAAAUCAGACUGAGGCCACGACUUUUGUGUGUCCACAGAGAGAAUUCAGCUGCCUCUCAUGGAAUUUUGGCCCUGGGCCAGAGAUGUUUUUAAGCAGAUUUGCAAAGAUCCAUGUCUGGAAUAUGUCUUUCUGUGGACAGAUUAGUACAGGUUGGUUUAGAACUUGCUAAAGAAACCCUAAGCAAUAUUUUCAGGGUUCUCCAAUUGAGACUGUCCUCAUGAUGGCACGAAAGAGCAAAGAUUAAAAAAUGCUGCUUAAUGGCAGGUACAGAGGUUCUUAAGCAUGACUUUGGCAUUUUUGACUCUCUAAUAGAUAUUUGAAAUCACGUCUAUAUCUCUAAUUCAGUCAACUUUCAAUCUUGCCUGGUUGUGCUUGACAAAGUGGCCAGAGAGAGCCAGGAAAGAUGUUAGUUUAUUUCUGGGGGAAUUAUAGUAGAUCACUAAGAAUUUCAGACUCAUUACUAAUGGUUUUACAAUGGCAACAAAAAGUCUUUCUCCCCUUCAAAAUUAGGCGCUUGGGCUCCAUACUGAGCUUGUGCCAAGAGGCACUAUUGCACCUUAAUCCUCAGAAUACAUGGCCCACCACCACAUGCUAGCUUAUUUUUGUACUCAGUGGGCCUGCAGGUUCCAGAACAUGCAAGGAAGAACAUGCAGGACUGAAGUCUGCCCAGUGCUGGUUUCCAAUAAGGACCUUAAGCCAGAUGCCUUUGCUUCUGGGCCUGGACUUUAAGUGCAGAAAAAAAUCUGUGUCUCAAUAGCAAUAGCUACCUUGCCUUCCACAUAGUCAAAGCAUAACCAGCCAACUCCCCCAGCCUUUCUCACAAAUGUAAGGUGUUAAUUAGCUGUCCUUAUUCUUCUGCUAGUUUAAGCUAAGUGUUUAAGAAGAGCCAAGUUUAUUUGGCCCCAAAAACACUGAGAAGGAGAUUGGGCUGCAGAGAGUCAGACUGAGAAGGCCAUUAGGCAAGUGGUCACUUGUGGUGGGGAGGUGGGUAGAAAAAAGGCAAGAUUAUUCCCCAGAAAUAGGCCAUCAUAAUAAAACGUAAAAUGCAGUACAUUUUACAGGCAAUGCUACAACCUCACUGUUAGGGACAGCCCUUGGCUUUAAUAGAUAGCAUGGGAACAAUUCCUUCUUCUGAAGCUCUUUGAUACAAAAAAGGGUGUUGAUCCCCUAAGUCUUUUUUGCAGGCUGCUUAGGAGCAGGAAUUCUCUGCAGAGUUGCAUGUCCGUUUUGCAACCUGAAGGUGGGAGAAGUGUUUUUUCUGCCUCUUUCUGUUGUUGAUGAUGGAGAAAAUGGCUUGCCCUGCCCUUCAAAAGCAGCCUUUGUUAACCCAGUGGCCCUGAUCCCCACCCAGAACUAUAAUACAGUAGCUGGAAGCUGAAGCCCAACCAGUCAGGCCUGGUUUUGAGUAUGUCUCUCCAUUUUCAGGCCAAAGGGCAGACUUUUUGGCGUUUCAAACUUUGCUUGCUUAUGUGUGAACCUUUAACCCUAUUCCUCAGUUUUCUUCAGUUUGACACCCCAUAGAUGAACUGAGACUGAAGCUCUCAGAUUCUUAGCCAGGAUGGCAAGUUUCUAGGCUGCCAUAUCUGCACAGCUAAUUCCUCUUGCAGAAUAAACCAGAGGGCCAAGCAUUUUUCAAAUGAAGGACUAGGCUUGGCCUUUCAAUUAUGUACUUGGGGGCACAUCAAAAUGUAAGGUGACCCAGUGGAAAAGGGUCAGACAGGACCAAAAAAAAUUAUUUCUUUUAAAUUUAACACUAAAUCAAUUAAAUAUGAUUAUCUGAUGUAUAUGGUUUUCCCCAUUUGGCACAAUUCAGUCUGACAGCCACUUUUGGAAAGGCCUUUCAGGGCAGCAAUUUGGGUGAUUUCAUUGCAUUCUUUUUUUCCAUCUGAAUAUGCUGAAUCUGCCAGGGACUUGCAAGAGUUUACAACUGUAAAUCAAUAGUAAAACUUCCCUGGUAGGCAAUGGUCAACAGAACCAAUUAAACAUCCCCAGCAAUAACACCGUAGCAUAAUUAACCAAUAUUAAAAUUAACACCAUAAAACAUCUGAUAAUAACAGCAUAAUUAACCAAUAUUAAAGUAUCAUGAAACAAUCUAAUGAUAUUGACAGAGCAAUAAUUAUCCAAAUAAUGUUUACUGGCAGAUGUAUUCUAUUUUCAACCAUGGCAAAUGAAGGACUGGUAUAAAAUGAGAUUGUAAUUUCAGUGAGUCCCUUUCAAAAGGGUUUAUUUUAUUAGUUUCUGAACAGCUUCCUUGCUGAUACCUUGUGCUGCUGGAAGUUCUUCAGAACAUAGAUGGUCUCCAGGCAUGUGCUGCUUGCCUUUAUUCCACCAGCCCCGCCCACCUCCCCAAAGUCAUUGCUUGGGGAGAGAAGCCAAAUGAAGGGCUGGGCUGUUCCAAAGCCCAGGAAGGAACAGUGCAGCCUCAUUGAGUGGAAGGAGGAGAAAGGAGAGGCUGGUUGGGGAUGCCGCUAAGAACAACAGGAAGGGUUUAGGAACACCUGCGAGGGUAACCCCACUGGGAAGGAAGCAAACAUGAGAGAACGCUGGGAGGAACUGAUCUUGAGAAAAAGGGAGGCUGAAGCGAGCGCUGGGUAUGCGGAUGAUCAAAGGCUAGACAGCUGAAAUAGUUUACCCUUUAGCAUAUUGGGGGAUCCAGACUCCUGUGUGAAGCUGCCCCAGAUUCCUUCUGUCAUAGCAUGUUAUCAUAGCAGCUGUGCUUUCCAGAGUGCUGGGUGAAUGUGGCCACAGGGUGGGUGAAUUCUCAGUACCAAGGAGCAGUUUUCAGAGCUCUUUCCCCAGUUUGGCUCCAUACUCAGAUUUCUUGGGCCACGCAUCCUGGCAAGCCAGCCAAACUGUGGCAGCACCAUGACAUUUAGCAAAAUCCAAAUUUGCCUGUCAGCCCCAAAAGGCUGGA